CGAAUUUUGGUCUUGCGGAUUUCUCUUCUAUUUCGUUUUUCUCUUGGAAGCGUUUAAUUUUUAAUUUUUAUUUUUAGCAAUUUUAAUUCACGGUUUCGUUCAGUUAAUAUUUUACCCAGAUCUAGAUCUUCUUGUUCUUGUUUCGUAUGGUUCGCUUAUUUCAGAGACAUUAGAGUUUAUUUCAACAAUUUAUAUAUUUUUUGGAUUUACGACUAGAUUUUACUCGCCCACAUAUGGGACAGAUCUGGGUUUCUAGGUUCUUUUGGUUAUGGAAUAAGUAAAAUUAAUGGCGGGAAAAGGCGGGAAGGGGCUUUUGGCUGCGAAGACCACGGCAGCAAACAAGGAUAAGGACAAAGACAAGGACAAGAAGAAGCCGGUUUCCCGGUCAUCCCGUGCCGGAAUCCAGUUUCCUGUGGGUCGGAUUCAUAGGCAUCUGAAAUCAAGAAUCUCUGCCAAUGGGCGAGUUGGGGCCACCGCUGCUGUUUACUUGGCUUCUAUUCUUGAAUACCUUACUGCUGAGGUACUUGAGCUUGCGGGGAACGCUAGCAAGGAUCUCAAGGUGAAGAGAAUCACACCAAGGCAUCUGCAGCUGGCUAUCAGAGGAGACGAAGAGCUUGACACUCUCAUCAAGGGAACCAUUGCUGGAGGUGGUGUUAUUCCCCACAUUCACAAGUCCCUCAUUAACAAAACCUCGAAGGAUUAAGCUAAUUUGGGAUCUGAAUCCCAGUUGGCUCUUUGACUUGGAGAAAAUAUUGUGUUUACCUUGUGAUUAUGUUCCUUUAUUUGGCUGACGCAGACAUUGUUAAUCCUAAUGUUUGUUCUUUUUAGAUAGAUAGCUAGGUAGAUUAGUAUAUAUGGGUAAUCCACUGUUUGCUCGUAUAUAUGGUUAAUCAACUGUUUGCUCUUUAAAUUUAGUAUCUUUGUUUAGGUUAUAAAUCGUUGUUUGUUGGAUAGUGUUAACCAAGCUUAUUCUCUCUCGCUACCUUUUAUCUGUUUAAUAUGUAAUCCUAAUGUAUGCUAUUUGGAUCUCUUUA